AUAAAAGUUUCAGAUGAGUCUACACUCUGGGAGAGACGGAGCAGAGCACACAUCCUCUCUGAUCCAGGAGUUAGAACCAUGAAACUUGUCUCUUUGCUGUUUGUGUUCUGUGUCUCUAAGGCUGCAAGCCUCCGAAUCUGCUCAUUCAAUGUACAGUCUUUUGGUGAGGCCAAAGGCUCGAAGCCAGUGGUGAUGGAUGUGAUAGUGAAGAUUAUUUCCCGCUGUGACAUAAUGCUACUGAUGGAGAUCAAAGACACCACCGACAAAGUCAUCAAAUCUCUAAUGGUAAAACUGAACAGCCAAAAACAAAAGAGCGAUGAAUUUAGUUUAAUCAUUAGCAAGAGGCUUGGACGCAGUACGUACAAAGAGCAGUAUGCAUUUAUUUAUAGGAAGCAGCUGGUCUCAGUGAGAGACACAUACCAGUAUCAAGAUGUUCAGCCUGGAGAUAUGGAUGCCUUUUCCAGAGAGCCCUUCAUUGUCCGGUUUACAUCCAUCAACACUGAGGUGCAAGACUUUGUCAUUAUCCCCCAGCACACAACACCUGAGGCUGCUGUCCGUGAAAUCGAUGAACUCUAUGAUGUCUAUCUUGAUAUCAGACAGAAAUGGAACACAGAGAACUUUAUCUUCAUGGGCGACUUUAAUGCAGGAUGCAGUUAUGUUGCUAAGAAGUAUUGGAAGGAUAUUCGCCUCAGAACUAAUGCAGAAUUUGUCUGGUUAAUUGAGAACACAAUCGAUACGACGGUGAGAAGCAGCACCAGCUGUGCCUACGACAGGAUUGUCCUCCAUGGUGAGAAGCUAAUCAGCUCCGUUGUGCCAGACUCUGCAUCUGUGUUUGACUUCAGGGCGACCUAUGGAUUAACAGAACUACAGGCACUGGAUGUCAGUGAUCACUACCCUGUGGAGUUCCAGAUGAGCACAUUGAAGAGUCCUGUAUUGCCACCUAAAACUAAAUUGUCCCGUACUAAAAGACGAGGAUGAUGGGUCCAUGUUAUUUGAUUACAGUGAUGUCACUAGUUGCUAUUGAAUUGACAGACUACAUUCUCUUACCAGUAAAACAAUGCCUACCUCCACUGUUUGUAAUCAGUGGUGGCACUUAAAGAAAUACUCUGUUCAACUAGUAAAAAUUCACUGCCCACAUUCAGAAGCUCUCUCGUUCCUGCCCAGUACCUCAUCUCUCUCCUCCACUAUGCAAUCUUCUACUCUCUGUCCUACCCCAACCUACCGCUCUCCUCUUCAGUCUCUCAUUAAUGCUUUUGAUAGAAUGAUCCUUCUUCCACAUCACUCUGCCAGACCCUCUACAGAUUCCCAUCCCCUUCAGAAUUCCUUUACCAUUCUCACCUCACCAGCAAUGUUCUCACACCCCUCUCUGUAACUUCCAAUCUCCCUCCCUGCAUUAAGCCGGAGAAAACACUCCCUGUAUACUCACUGAUUCACUCAAGCCUACCAGUCUACCACAUUACCCCUAUACAACCCUCUGCUGCCUUACCCACUUCAUGUCUCCCUCAAACCACCUCUCCAUUUACGAUAUAUUACUCUUAUAUUGUCCAUCAAACUAUAUUUCAAAUAGCUAUGCCAAUAUGUAUAGUCAUGUAAUUAUGUAUACACUUGUAAUAAUGUAAAUGUAUGCUGGCUUUCUUGUUUUUUUUAUAUGUCUACUCUAUUUGUAUCACUGCUCAGUGGACCUUUAUGGCGUCAAAUAAAAUAAAUGUUAAUAAUAAUAA